AUGGCGAUAAGAGGUCCUAGAUCCAAAAUGCAACAACUUUUGAAGCUUUUGUAUAAUAACCGCUAUGUUUCUAGGUACAAAGUUUGUGAGGAUAAAAUCAUUGUUCGUGACACAUUUUGGGCUCAUCCCGAAAGUAUCAAAUUGUUCAACACAUUUCUCACUGUCCUCGUAAUUGAUUCAACAUAUAAGACCAACAAGUAUAGGCUUCCACUUCUGGAAAUUGUUGGUGUUACUUCUAUGGAGAAGACUUUUUCAGUGGGAUUUGUGUUUUUAGAAUCCGAAAAAGAGGUUAACGUUACAUGGGCAUCGGAAAUGUGCAAGAAUUUGUUGAAGAACCAAGAAAACAUGCCGAAUGUAAUUGUCACUGGUCGAGACACCGCACUGAUGAAUUCAGUUGCAAAGGUGUUUCCUACAUCCUACACUUUACAUAGACACCUUGGAAAUAUAACAACUAACAUAGUCAAAUUUGCACAUUCGACACUGAAGAAAUGGUUGGGUGAUAGUAAGGGUGAUUUUUGUAGAGAGCAGGAUACCUUGAACCAAAUGCUCCAAAACCAACAUAAUGAAAUAAAAAUAAAUUUUGGUCGGAGCAUUACCGUGCUAGAACACCGAUUCAAACACAACACUCUCUAUUCAGACUUGGUUGACUACGUGUCUCAUGCAGGAUUGAAUUUCAUAUUUCACGAAGCUAAACGAGUAGAGAAGAUAAGUUUAGAUAGUUCAAAGUAUGGAUGUACACUUAGAAAGACUUACGAUCUUCCAUGUGCUUGUAUCAUUUCAAAAAAGAUGAAGCCUGAUGCCCUUGAUAUGUAUGAAUGA